AUGGAGGAGAUCGCCGCCGUCGCUAGUAGGCGCCCGCUCGCCACAGAUGCCUCCGGAUUCCCCAAUCGCAGGUAUAAAUCUGAAGGGAUUUACAAGUCGGAUGAGGAUCAACUAGACGAGCAGGUUUCGAGUGACGAGCAAUCAGAAGAAAAGGAAAAUGGAAAUCGCGAGUAUGGACAAUAUGAUGGAGAAUGGGGCACGUCGUCUUCACCUCCUUCGUCUUCUUCACCAUCUUCCGCUUCCUCUACGAUCUCUGGACAAUCUGCAAUUAGGAUUAUCAAGUUCAAAAUCCCUGGUCACGAGGAAAGCGAUAUACCAACCUAUGGCGAUGUCGAUGUAAAUGUCGAUAUUAUUUCUGAGGUAUCUUCUGAGCCCGAUGGCAUGGGCGCCGCUUCUUCCAUCAAAAGGCCUAAACGGAAAGCCCCGCCGCCUCCACUUUUGACGGCACGAAAGGCACAGCAUUUGAGUGCCUCUUCGAAACCAUCUAUCAUGAAGGGUCGUCAAAUUACGGCUAAGGUGACUUCUCCUGCUUCUACCAUUAAGCCGUCAAUGGGGACCAAGGUAGCUUCUAUGAUCCCCUCAACCAUCAAGGCAGUUUCCACAGCAUCCAGGACGACUACACAAUCGAAUUCAAAAACAUCCACACCUGCCUCAAAGCCAUCUGCAGCCGGGUCAAAAGGUGCCCCGCGUAUCCAGGAUUUGCCCGGUUAUAUUUCAGACAUGCGAGCAUUCGUGCAGGAGAUGCGAUCAAUUCGCCUGCGGCCUUGGCUUAGAGCCCAGGCUGAUCUCCAUGGAAUUGGAUCUGAUCCUACGGCAGAAAUUUCGAUCGGAACAGUGCCUGUAUCUUCGGCAUCGAUUUCCGUCCCUGUAUGGAUACGAUGCGACGGCGGCACAUCAUCUGCUCGUAGGCGACAAAAUCGCCGUCAAAGUACAAUUGUGGCUCCGCAAAUCAAUGGUACGACAGCCGCUGAGGGUGAUGCGGUGAUUAAGCUUCUCUCAUCGUUAUUAAAGCGGAUUCCGGCCGCUGCAGAUGAAGGGUACCUCUGCGAGGUGCCUCGCUGCGCAAAGGUAUUUCAUGAAAAGGAAAAGUAUCGAAGGCACCUACAUAACCACGUCCGAACCAUCAAGCACCAACAGGCACGGAAUUCUGCCCCAGCAUCAUCCCAUGCCUUUUCUGCUGAACAUGAGGAGGAGGACGAUGAUGAUGAGGACAACAUUCCUCUGAUUUCCCCGCCGUCAGUCGACAGCCGUACGGCAUGGGCUGUCCGGCUAUAUCCAUUGCAAGUCGAAGCGACUCGUCACAGCUAA